UAACACUCACCGUCGAUGGCUUAGCAGCUCUAAAAGAAAGGAAAAGAAAAUAGAAUAAUAAAACAGAGAAAACCAUAAGCUGCACGGGAUCGCAUUGGAUUGGAUAUCGAGGGCAUCUGGUGACCAGUUUCCGUUUCCCAAUGGGCAACUUUGUGAGCAGGCAGAAUGCGGCGGUCGAGGAGGCGGAUCCGAGCAUUAACAAUGCCUACAAGUAUCCACCGCGGAUGGGAAACUUCUUCGGAACGCACUUCAUCAUGGGCGGUGAGCGUUUCGACACGCCCCAACCGGAAUCGUAUCUGUUCGGCGAAAAUGCGGAUCUGAAUUUCCUGGGCAAUCGUCCGACGGCCUUCCCGUAUCCACCGCCGCAGGCCAAUGAACCAACGAAGACCCUGAAAAGUCUUGUCAACAUUCGCAAGGAAUCUGUGCGCUUUGUUAAGACACUGAACGACAAGAAAAUGAGCGUAAUCGAAAAGCCCAAGAUGAAGGAGAUCGAUCGGGAUCUGGACCUCGACAAGGAGAAGUCCAACGUAACCAUCGAGGAUGUGGACGGAAAUGUCCUGUGCUCCAUGGGCUUGGGUGGCGGCGAUGUCGAUUUGUCGCCUCCACCGCCGCCCUGCUCCUACAACAUCGAGUUCACCUUCGACUCGGACGCCAAGUGCGCCAUUACCAUCUACUAUUUUUGCUCGGAGGACGUGAGUCCCAGCGGAGUGACUCUGGUGCCGCGCGAGGGUCUCACCUCGGAGACGUACCACUACGAGAAGGGCAUCAACCAGUGCUUCUCGCAGCCGUCGCACGUCUUCAACCCACAGCAGAUGCCCGAGGAUGAAUUGGGCUACAGUCCGGGCAGGGAGCAGUAUCCGGUGGCCAUCCAUUGCGUGGUGGAGGAGGGCAGCGACGAGUGUCGUCAGUCGCACACUACCAUCUGUGUGAUCGAUCAUCAUCCGGAGAACGGCAGCUAUGUGCUGCGUGCCCUCAAGCAAAAGAUCUUCGUGGAUGGCUUGUGCUAUUUGCUGCAGGAGAUCUAUGGCAUCGAGAACAAGGCGGUGAACAAGACUUCACUGGACGAGGAGAUCGACGAUCAUGGCAGCGAGUGCGUUAUCUGCAUGAGUGAGACCAGGGACACGCUGAUCCUGCCGUGCCGACAUCUCUGCUUGUGCAAUUCGUGCGCGGAUUCGCUGCGCUAUCAGGCCAACAACUGUCCCAUUUGCCGGGCACCAUUCCGAGCUCUGCUGCAGAUACGAGCGGUGCAGAAGGGCAUAAGCACGCAUGUGCUGCACCAGAAUACGCCCACAUCGACGGCCGGGGAACCAGCGCCGGUGGAUCUGCCGCCGGGCUAUGUUCCCGUCUCUCUAAUCGAGGCGCUCAACGGACCACCGCAAUAUGUGGCCAGGGCAAGAACCAGCGAACACGACAUCACCGACUCCGCUGCCACAGUGGCCGCAUCGACCAUGACCAGUGCCGACAUCAAGGCCACUUCGCCCAUCAAAUCGAAUAGCCAGCGCCGGCCGAAGAUCAAGAAGAACGCCUCGACCUGCACGUCGACCAGUGAGGUGGGCACCAUUACCAACCAAUCUGGUGGCGGCGGCGGCGGCAAUGGCUCAUCCACACACUCGGUGGAGAUCGAAAGCGAUCCGAAAAAGUCCAGCACGGCCACCUGUACUUCGCCCACUCUGGGGGCAUCCACUUCGCCGGAACCAAAACAGGACAAGCUGCAGAUCGUCAACGAGCGCAAGUAUCCGCGAUCGACGGCUGGAUCCGGUGGCGAUGGCUCCGCGGGCACCGAUGACGAUGUGGACAGCGAGAACGAGAAGCUGUCGCCGCUACUUUCGCCGGGCAGCAAGAGCAAGAACAUGUCCAGCAAAUCGCUGAAGCAGGUGGUUGCCUGCCUGGAGGCGGAUGAUGUCGAUAAGAGUGGCGGCUCCACGGAUGGUGGAUCCACGGAGGAGUCCAGCCUGAAAAAGAGCGCAUCGCUGAAGCGCACCAAACCGAGGCCAGAACUCACCGGAGGCACUGCACCGUCGCCCUCGGAAGCAGCGGCCGAGGAUUCGGAUUACUACACGCCGGAAGAUACUCAAAACUCGAUAUUGAGCCCACUGUGCCCCACGGAGCGAGCCAAGAGCGGUGAUCCCCUGGGCGCUGGCAGCUGUGGCAAUGGCGGCUUGGGCGUUGGCCGGAGCUCGGGUUCGGUGGGCGGACCAGCUGGCGUGGGACCGGUCGUCGUGGGAUUCAGCAGUGCGGUGAAGAAGAACCUGCACAAGAAGUCCACCUCGGUGGGCAACAUGGUGGGCUCCGGUUCGGUGGCCACGGUCGUCGACUUAAAGUCCAACAACGUGAGCUCACUUCCAGACAUGUUGGACAGCCCUAUUAGCGGCAACUCGGCCUCGACGCGCAGCUCUAGCGAUAGCUACUCCUCCAGCUCGUCCACCAAGCAGCUGCUCAGCUCCAAUCCGACCACCACGGCGGCCAACAUAAUCGUGGAUGACAAGACCGCUCUGCAGAAUGCCGUCAAUGUUUAGAGCCGGCCUCAAUUGAAUUUCGCGGAAUUAUUGCGUUUCGUUUUCUCGUUUUAGCCUUGCGUUUACUCUAUUUAUUCGUAGUCACCUAGAUUUAGUUAAAUCAAUGCCGCUUCCCCGACCACAGGAACAAAUAUUAUGAGCAUGAUCGUUGAGAAGGGGUAUAGUUAUGGCCAGGAUGUGAUGAGCAGGAUGAGAAGAAAGAUGAGGAGGAGGAGGGCCACCAGGACACAACACUUAACCAGUAUACAGUAUACACACACCACACACCACAGACACACACACGGUAUGACACACGUCCCGCAUGCAUGUGUACGUAGUUUAAUCUAGUAUAAUGGCUUGGGUAUAUAACAAAAUAAAUUAAAUCAAAUAAACAAUGGCGCCUAGGGCGCUGCAUUCCAAAAUAUAAAUCAAAAUUAAAGUAUUAA